AUGCUGGUUUGCCCUCUUCCCACACGACAACCCUCCCCGCCCCCUCAUGGCCCUGUCCUGACCCGCCGUGAUGGGGAUGGCUCUAGCUCGCUCCUUGUCCGUUAUAAUCCACCGAUCCACGAAGAUACAAACAACCACGCAAGCAACCACGGCCACCUUAGCUGCAACCCGAGAGUCUUCAUGGCGAGCCAAGCUUUCGUGUACCUCGCGCUACUGCUGCUCCUCUGCAGCGCCAGCCAAGGCGACGAGCUGGGAGCAGAUGCGGCGGGCCGGACGCCGUGCCGGGCGGCUGACCUGGUGGUGAGGCAGUCGGCGACGGGGCGGGUCGUGGAGGGGAAGCCGGAGUACGCGGUGGAGGUGACCAACCGCUGCCGGUGCGCGCAGUCCAGGGUGUUGCUCCGCUGCUACGGCCUUAGCAGCGUCGAGGCCGUGGACCCGCGGGCGAUCCGGCCGGUCGACGGCGAGCGCUGCUUGCUCCGGGGCGGCCGGCGGAUCCCGAGCGGCGCGCCGGUGCGGUUCAAGUACGCCUGGAUGACGCCGUUCGACUUCCCACUGGUCAGCUCACAGGUGCACUGCUAG